CACACACACACACACGCUUGGAAGCCAGGAGGAGGAGGAUAUUGUUAGAGGUUGAGGGGAUGGGGCUAGAAGAGCAAACAGGAACAGAAAGUGAAGCCUUGUCAUGAUGUUUGUGUGCGUGUGUGUGAGGGUGACAAAAAGAAGCACACAAGCCAAUGCUAAACAGAGACACAACACGUUUGAUUGAGCUGACGAGGAGGAGGCCUGACCUAAGUUAAGAAACUGCAACUUCGACAGUCAUCACAGUUUGACCUUGAAAUUUUAUUUUCUGCCAUUUUUGGGCUUGAAUUGUGCAUUGUCUGGUCCAUCCACUUGAAGGAAGUAAAAAUGAAACUCCAAAGAAGUGCUGCGUUGGCCGCCCGAUGAAGAAUAACGAAAGUCACAAUGGAAAUUCGCCUUCCUCGAAGCCACUGAAAGUAUGAAGUAAACUUAAGAACUUUUCGUCGUGAAGCUAUGGAAGGGACAGCAGACAGCAUCCGCAACUUCUUCAACCAUCUCUGGACUUUCGUGAUGGACAAACACCACCAAGGCGUCUACAACACCGUGUGCCUCGUGGUCCUACUCACGCUGCCUCUGGUCGUCCUCGUCACCACGCUUGCAGUAUGUUGCCACUGUUGCUGCUAUCGCCAUGCCAACGGCUGCUGCUGCUGCUGCUGCUGUGGAAGGGGAGGAGAUGCCGGCAAGUCGGAAUUAAAUAAGAAGAAGAAGAAAAACUCGGCCAAUAAUGAUGACUUGUGGAUAUCGGUGAAGACAGGGCAGAUGAUGCCCGACCUGGUGGCCCUGCCGAUGGAGUAGAAAGUCCUUUUUAUUGUUUGGAAGCCUUUCAGUGGACAGCAAAAAAGGCAGACAAAACUCAUGAGAUGUAAAAGCAGUGUUGAAAGUAGUGAGAUUUUGUACUAGCCAUGUAGUAUGUGGAGCUCUAUGUUUAUAUUGUUUGCGGUACAGACAUUCAUAAGCCCGGCAGACAACGCAGAUGCAGUUCGGCAUCGCAUAUUUGCCUUUUGGCUGUUUUUUUUUUUUUUUUGGGGUAUUUUUUUACCCUUUCCUGUUAUUUGCUGGAAAACUUGCUGUUUUUGUGCUCAGCCCUGAGCAGCAAAAGCGCGUCUUUGCUCUUGGUGCCACGGAGCAAUGUUGAAGUGGGUUGAGGAGCUCCAUGUAGUGCUUUGCUGUCAUCUUGCGGGAUCCGUGGGCAAUUAUAAAGCUUUUUAGGCACAUGUAAUUUACUCACAGAUGUUUCUUAUUCACGGCACUGUUAGGUCCCUCUGCCUCAUGAAUAGCGGGGCUGCAAAAGUUCCUCAAGCUCCCUGGUGAAAUGUGUUGUGUCUGUAUUCAGGAGGGCACUGCAGUUUUCAAGGCCGGUUGUAACCCUGUCUACUUGUCACAAGCUAUAUAUGAUGGCUCACUUUUAAACGUUAAAAAAAAAAAAAAAAAGAAGAAAAAAAACCCCAUACCUCUUGCUCUUGAUUUUUCACUUAUGAAUUCAAGGCAUGCAUUUGCUACUGUCGUUGCUAGUUUGUGUCUCGGACUGCUUUGUUGCUCAGGUAUGUCCCGUGGGGCAUUUGCAGCAAUACCUGUCAAGCUGUCACACUUUGAAAGAAUCAUAUUUCACUGAAAUCAGUUUUACUCAACUGCAUGCAAGGGAGCAACUGUAUACCACGCCCUAUACUGUAGCAAUGGAGAUAAUGACAACAUGAUGGCAGAUGAUGGGGCCUGAGUAUUGCGCCUCAAGCUUGACCCAAAAAGACACAAACACUCCAGUGCGUCCAUUUCACUGACAACUUCACUGAGCAAUCAAGCGUGUGCCACUCCAAAUUUGGGGAUGAUUUCACAUUUACUAAAGCUAAAGUGCAAUGUGCAUAUUGCAAAGCACAACUGGCUUGAGUUACAUCACCGCACAGCUACGGUACGGUUGUUUAGACGGUUAACAGCCAGCCAAGUCUGCAAUAUCAUUUGCUAACUUUCAUGUCACCCAACAGGCCAGGCCCACCUUUGAAAGGCACGCAUACAGUAUAUUCAACGUCACAAAUACGACAAUGCAUAACAUGAUGAUGGCAGCCAAAAUGUACAAAAACAACACCUGCACCACACAUAGAUAUAUUUUAGUAUUAUCAAUAUGAAGCGUUAAAAUCAUGUCACUCUUAUUUUGGGGGAAAAAAAAAAAACAUUGAGAACACUCCUAAAAUGAUUGAAGCCAUGAAAGCUGAUUUCUACAGCAGCUGUGUGCAUAAUAAACUCAUAUGAUAACGAAACUAUAUUAUGUGAGCCUAAGCAAAAUGAAUACAAGUCUGCCUUCCAUUCAGUGUUGGAAGAAUAAGUCCAGUGAUUGUGACAUGGACGUCUUAAGUGGCUACUUUGGAUGAGAGGCCCCUGCAGUAAAAAAAAAAAAAAAAAAAAAAUGAAAGAAAAUCAGCAUGCUGUUCCGUCUUAUGCAUGUCGAAAAAGGUAAACAAAGCCAAAUGAUUUUUUAGAAGGGGAGGGGGGCUUCAAAUGAGCUGUGCCACAGGGCUUGUAUUUGUGACGUCUCAAAGCGCAAUUAGGUGCGAGCAUCUCUGCGGGGUUGCGCAAUUAGCAUACGCUGGCAUCGGGCUUACAAGAGCUGCUGGGAUAAACAAAGAAAGAGGCCCUUUCAUGAUGGCACUGAAAUACACAAGGCCCAUGUGAUGACGGUUUCGUUUGUGCUGUGGGAAAGCUGCCACUUGUUUUGUGGCCUUAGGAGGAAAGAAUGUUCUUCAUUAUUGUUAUUAUUAUUAUUAUUAUUAUUAAAGUAUUUCAAUAUACAUAUACAAAUCCCCUUUUCACACUCUAGGUGAAAUGAGGGCAUUUUGGGUGGGCAGAUGUCUCUCCUGAAAAUGUAGUUAGUUUUUGAGUUGUGACUUAAUGAGCAACAUCAAGGAACAGAUUCACCUCAUAUCUCAAGGCACCACUGAACAGUAUUUGGGGUUUUUCAAUAAAUGUUAUCGUAUUGUUCUCUAAUGCAUAAAAAUUCUGAGGUACCUGUUUUCCUUUAACUGCGAAAAAGCAGCAUCUCUCUGUUUUUUUUUUUUUUUACUUCUUCCUCCACUCAAGUGAAUUUAUAUCAUCCUCCACAUAAUGAUAACGAAGCAUUUCAGUCAGUGCAUCAUAAUGUAGUUGCAAAUUGAAAAUUAAAACCGACUUCUUGUAUUCAGUAAGGACAUGCUAUUGUUCAGAAACUCAGGCGCUUCCCUUUUUUUCUUUUUUUUUCUCGGCACACAGAGAUACCAUGAUCAAGGCCGAGUGUGCUGUACACACUUUGCAAGGAAAUAAAGUGUGUUUUUACCUUUCA